CAGAUAGAUUCCCCCUCCAGCUCCUGGUUUUUCAUCGCUGUCACUUUCCCUCUCUCUCCAUUUUUUCUCAGCACAUUUUCCUUCUCCCCAAACAUCCCCUCCUGCCUCCUCCUCCUCCCCACUAGCUUCCACUUUUGUUCUCAUUUUUUUCAUCCUUCCCGAGAGCUUGUCUUCUCUUCCUUGGAUGCUUCUUCUUCUUCCCACUUCUCGAUUCGAAACAGCCCCCCCUUUUGCCUCGCAAUUCGGAAAUUCCCCCUCUCUUAUCUUCAAGCAAGCUUCCCUUUUCUCGGCCUUCUUUCCGGCUUCUCCCUCUCCCGCUUUUCCAGUCUUUGCUCGCGGCUAACGGCGGGAGUAGUGAUUUGAGCUCGAGGUGGCUUUUCCGCUUUCAAAAUUUGAGCUUGGUGGAGAGGGGAAAAAAAAAACAAAAAAGAUUUGUUGUUUGGAGCUUUUUAUCCCCAUGGUGGGGAUUGGAUUUAGGGUUCGGAUUUAGUUAGUGGGUUUUUUCCGGAAUAGGUAAAGAGGGGGAAAGCGAUAGAGUAGAGAGAGAGAGAGGGAGGGAAUUAUGCCACUGGAGGUUGAAGAUGGAGGAGGAGCUCAGUACUCUUUUGCUCUCGAAUACGAUGGUCCUCCGGUGCCGUACGAUCUACCUCGAGCUGUCCCGAUCAACGUCAGUAAAAUCCCCGUCGCCGCCGUGGUCUCGCCGCUCGCUCUCCCGGGUAAGCUUCCCUUGCCUGUUGUCAAGCCGCUGUUGGCCGCCGGCGACGAUCCGAGCAGGGCUCUCGGGCCGAGGGAGCUCAAAUCCGUGGCCGUGUCGCCGACUUCCGUGAUUGGUAAUGUGAACGGCGAGGAGUCGAGGUCGGAUGAGACGGCGUCCACGGUUUCCCCGACGUCGGUAAUCGAGAGGGCAGCGGAGAACAGUCGGGAGUCUGGCGAGUUGAGUAGCUCCGGCGGGUUGGAGUUCUCGACUGGGCGCUACGGGCCCAGCAGCUCCGGCGCCAUUGACUUCUCUGACAGCUUCGGGAACAAGUCGCGGGAGGGUUUGGCGACGGUUAGGGUUUCGGAGGAAUUGAAUCAAGAUUGGGAGUCGAAUGAGUCUGUUCUCAGCGUGGAGUACCCUUCUUCCCGGGUUUCUAGUGUCAAAGCAGCUUCUGGGGAGUGCCACAGCGAGUUGAUUAACGGUCAUGGAGAUGGCAGAAGAACCCCAGUCGUUAAAUUUGCUAAUGUUGAUUCGGAAGGGGACGACCUUGGAGAUGGCGAAGUUGAUGACGAAGAGUACCGCGAAGAAGAACAACCCAGGAUUAUGCAAGUUAAGAGAGAGCCUCAGAGCAAAGGGAAAAAGGGAACUUGUUAUAGAUGCUUUAAGGGUAACCGAUUUACGGAGAAGGAGGUUUGUCUUGUUUGUGAUGCCAAGUAUUGCAGUAACUGUAUACUUAGAGCUAUGGGAUCAAUGCCUGAAGGAAGAAAAUGUCUUAGUUGUAUUGGGUACCCUAUCGAUGAAUCCAAUAGGGCCAAUCUAGGGAAAUGUUCAAGAAUGCUCAAAAAAUUGCUGAAUGAUUUGGAGGUUCGCCAAAUAAUGAAAGCGGAGAAGUUCUGCGAGGCAAAUCAGUUGCCUCCAGAGUAUAUCUGCGUGAAUGGGAUGCCUCUUUGUCAUGAGGAGUUGGUCCUUCUGCAGACUUGUGUUAACCCACCAAAGAAAUUGAAACCCGGGAACUAUUGGUAUGAUAAAGUAUCCGGUCUUUGGGGAAAGGAGGGACAAAAGCCUUCUCAAAUCAUUAGCGCUCAUCUGAAUGUGGGAGGUCCUAUAGAUGCAAAUGCGAGCAAUGGAAACGCUAACGUCUACAUCAAUGGUCGAGAGAUUACGAAAGCCGAACUUAGAAUGUUGCAGUUGGCAGGAGUUCAAUGUGCUGGCAAUCCUCAUUUCUGGGUGAAUGAGGAUGGAUCAUACCAGGAAGAAGGACAGAAGAACACUAAGGGCUACAUUUGGGGCAAGGGUGCAAUGAAGCUUGUCUGCACAUUCCUGUCAUUGCCAGUUCCUUCAAAAUCUUCUAAUUAUUCCGAGGAGCAAAUGAACAGUCCAAUGAGCAGAAGUAUUCCUGAUUAUCUCGAGCAGCGGACACUUCUGAAAUUUCUCUUAGUUGGAUGUAGUGGAUCUGGAACAAGUACCAUUUUCAAGCAGGCGAAGAUUCUUUACAAGCCCAUUCCUUUCACCGAGGAUGAGCGAGAAAAUAUUAAAUUGACGAUCCAAGGCAAUGUGUAUGGCUAUCUUGGUAUUCUCCUUGAAGGCCGUGACCGUUUUGAAGAGGAGAGUUCGUCUGAAGUAAAGAAAGAUCAAUUGUCAAACCAAACCAAUGCCACUGGGGAGGGUAGUAGCAAUAGCUCCAAGACUCUAUACACUAUUGGACCGAGGCUUAAAUCAUUCUCAGAUUGGCUUUUAAAGACCAUGGUGUCAGGAAACCUGGAAGCAAUUUUUCCUGCUGCCACUCGAGAAUAUGCCCCAUUGGUUGAAGAGUUGUGGAAAGAUCCAGCCAUUCAGGCAACAUACAAGCGAAGAAGUGAACUGGAAAUGCUGCCUAGAGUAGCUAGCUAUUUCUUAGAGCGGGCAGUUGAGAUAUUAGUACCAGACUAUGAACCCUCAGAUAUGGACAUCCUCUACGCUGAGGGUGUUACAUCAUCUAAUGGUCUGGCUUCUCUGGACUUCUCAUUUCCUCAGUCAACAUACGAUCAAAAGUUUGACCACGACGAGCAGCACGAUUCUCUGCUUAGAUACCAACUGAUCAGACUGCAACCACGAGGCAUCAAUGAAAAUUGCAAGUGGCUAGAGAUGUUCGAAGACAUUGGGAUGAUCAUCUUUUGUGUCUCCUUGAGCGACUAUGACCAGGUCUCUUUCGACAUCAAUGGUUCUCCCACUAACAAGAUGAUGCAGAGCCGUAAGUUCUUCGAGACCAUCGUGACUCAUCCGACCUUCGAGCAGAUGGACGUCCUUUUGAUACUAAACAAGUUUGACGUAUUCGAGGAGAAAAUGGAGCGGGUUCCACUGACAGAAUGUGAGUGGUUCGACGAUUUCCAUCCCCUCAUAAGCCGCCAUCGUUCAAGCAGCAAUAGCCACAGCAGCAGCAACAUAAACCACAGCCCUUCGCUCGGCCAGCUGGGUUUCCACUACGUUGCUGUGAAGUUCAAGCGCCUUUACGCAUCGCUCACUGGUAGGAAGUUGUUCGUCUCCAUGGUCAAAGCUCUGGAGCCUGAUAGCGUCGACUCUAGUCUGAAGUACGCGAGGGAGAUCAUGAAGUGGGAUGACGAGAGACCCAACUUCAGCUUGAGUGAGUAUUCUAUAUACAGCACCGAAGCGAGUUCAUACUCUCCUUGAUCGAGCAUGUUUGGGAAUUGCUCGGCACACCUUUGUGUACAUAGAAUGUCCGUGUAAAUGAAGCAAGUGAAAGGCCAGAUAUAUGAAAUGAAUGUACAAGCUAUCUCUUAUUAGGUACCACAAUACCAUGUUUGUUUGUUUUGAUUUGUUUGCCCUUACUAGAUCAUUACCAAAAUCCUUUUUGUCACAGAUUUGGAAGUGGAAAACAGUGAGUAAGUAUUCGAUUUUCGUGAUUUUAGUUGGUUUCAUCUGGUUGGCAGGGUUCAGUUCAUAUUGACUUGUGAUUGUAAACCCUUGAUACAAGCUUAAAGUAGGUCUACUGCAUACUUGCGCUUCAUCACGUUAUCUAAGGCAUAACAGCAAAACGCAUUGGAUCAGAAC